AUGACAUUUUUCACAUCCCGAUGUAAGCGAGCCAAUAUCGUCGUAUUCCUAGAAUACCCUGAGAGUCGCGCUCUGUGGUGCAAAGAACAUGAAAUUGGUGCCAUCAAAAAAGCAACUACCAUCGCAAACAAGAGACAAUAA